UUGGCGCUGAGCAGGAAACAAGCCUUUCCUCUCCAAUUGUCGCGGUAUAGGAACAAACACCCCAAUUUUGUCUUUGCUCAAUGCACCUCUCGGCACAGAAGACGCGGAAGCCGGUCAGAAGGAAGAAUGCCUCCUUCGAUGGGGACAGCUGUUUUCUCGCUCCUCGGCGUCCUGGCUUUCAUGGAGACGCGCCGGAGCGCGAGCGCGCUGCACAUCCAACAGGCUUUCUUCUCUCUCAACCCAACCAAUAACUUCGCGGUGGACCCGGUGUCGGGAAAGGUGUACCUGGCCAGCGUCAACACGGUUUUCCAGCUGAACGGGACGCUGAGCGUGGAGGUGGAGGAGAGGACGGGGCCGGUGGAGGACAACCUGUUGUGCCAUGCGCCGCAGCUGCCCCAGGCGCCCUGCGAGCACCCCAAAGCCCUCACCGACAACUACAACAAGCUGCUGGAGCUGGACCGGGAGCAAGGGGUCGUGGUGGUGUGCGGGUCCGUGUAUCAGGGCUUCUGCGAGCUGAGGAAAAUGGGGAAUAUUUCAGAGAUAGCCGUGGAGUUCCCCCCUCAGGGCGAGAAGACCGUGUUCCCCAGCAUGCUCAACAUCGCCGCCAAUCACCCCAACGCGUCCACCGUGGGGCUGGUGUUCAAGAGCCACGGGGGGAACACCCUGCUGCUGGUCGGGGCCACUUACACCGGGGCUGGAACACAGUUUUUCCCCAAAAACCACAGCAAGGAGGACCUGCGCUUUGAAAACACUCCAGAAAUCGCCAUCCGCUCCUUGAACAUCAAGGAUUUAUCCAGACUCUUCACCUACGACAUCAACCCCUCGGAGGAUAACGUGUUUAAGAUCAAGCAAGAGGUCAAGACCAAAAACAAGCUGAACUUUGUGCGCGCCUUCAUCCAGAAGACGUACUCCUACAUCGCCUUUAAUAAUGAUGCGAAAAUGGGCCACAAGGAGAGCCAGCCCAACAGCAUCCUCGCCAGGAUAUGUCUGGAUACCGAGAACCCCAGGAAGUCCAGCGGGCCGGAGAGCAGGAAACUCACGGAGUCCUACAUCCAGAUGCCUCUCCAGUGCGGAUUUAACGGGAACAUCUUCAACCGGCUGCUGUCCGUGUUCCCGGCGGAGGUCCAGGCGGAGGACGGGAGCGGCCCGGAGUCUUACCUGUUCGGAGUUUUUUCUAAGGCGGACAGAAAAAGUGCUCUGUGCGCCUUCAAGUUCAGCGACAUCGAGGAGGAGAUCCGGCACGGCCGCAGGAACUGCUCCAGCUCCCCCAGCAGUGAUAUCCAGGUGCUGGACAGUGUCAUCCAGGGCUCCGGGGCCAUCUGCAUACUGAGAGGAAACCUGGUGCUGCAGCCCGAGCAGCUGGACUGCGGCGCGGCACACCUGCAGCAUCCUCUGGCUCUACGGAGGCCUCUGAUGGCCGUUCCUAUUUUUGAAUACCCAGGCCUUACGUCAGUCUCUGUGGACAACGUGCACAACCACACGGUGGUUUUUCUGGGAACCAACAAUGGACGACUUCGUAAGCUGACCCUGGCGAACAUGGCUUUGGCCAACCAGUGGACGCUGAAGCUACCGUCCGGCGAAGCAGUCCACCACAUGAUGUCCUUCGACCCCAGCGACAGCAACUUCCUCUAUGUCAUGACGUCUCACCAUAUGCUGAGAGUGAAAGUGGCCCAGUGUGACCAGUGGAAGAGCUGCAGUGCCUGUUUGGGAGCAGGUGACCCUCACUGCGGUUGGUGCACUCUGGAGAACAGAUGUACCAUCCAGAAGGAGUGUGCUCAGGCCCUGUUGGCACGUACUUGGAUCAGCAUGAGUGAAGGCCCCGAUCAGUGUCCAUCCAUUACCCUGACACCCCCAGAAAUCAGCAUCUCUGCAGACAUCAAGAACGUCGGCAUCCUGAUAAAUGGUACUGUUCCCAACCUGAACGGCUCGCGUGUGGAGUGUGAGUAUUGGCCGGGGGUUUCCACCACCGCCACACUGCACCUGGAUCAGGGUCCCUCCCAGAUCCAGACCUGUCCGCUGCUCCCUCGACAAAACUACCAACCCAUCCUACCCGGCACAGAUCACCUGAGUGUUUCUGUGGCAAUAAAAGUGAACGGUACAUCUGUAGUAUCUGGCAGCUUCAUCAUCUAUGACUGUGAGAGGACUGGAGCGAUACACCCCACCACAUCAUGUGUGAGCUGCCUGAGCACCAAGUGGAAGUGUUACUGGGACCAAGAGAACCACCAAUGUGUCUCAAGUAAAGAUGAUUCAACGCACAACCUGCUGGAGAGUCCGGCUUCCUGUCCCAGACUGGUUCCCUCACAGGUUCUUCCAUCACCAUCAGGACUGGCCCAAGACUUUAACCUGUCCCUCAUCAACAUCCCGGAGAGGGAGACGCUGGAGUGUGACUUUGGGACAGAGGAGCGGUACGAGGCCACAUGGCUGAACGACUCGACCGUCAAGUGCAGCGGGGUGACGCUGUUCACUGAUCAGAGGAGUCACGUCUACCACCUCAACCUGAGGAGGACAAGAUACUUCAGCAGUUACGGGAAGGAUAUGUUCAUCGACAGCCCGCAGCCCAUGAAUGUGGAGGUGUACAACUGUGGAGCGGGAAGCUCGGACUGUUCCCAAUGCUGGGGCCGUGAGGAUCAGCGACACCUCUGUGGCUGGUGCGAAAACAGCUGCACGCCAAGGGAUGACUGUCUGGCCAACAAGGAUCAGUGUCCGGCUCCUGAGAUCCACAAGAUCUCCCCCCUGAGGGGUCCCGUUGAAGGGGGAACACUGCUGACCGUACAGGGCAAGAACCUGGGCCGGAGGGCUGACGCGGUCAGGGUAUUUAUAGGCGAUGUGCCAUGUGAUCUGCUGCCUGAACGCUAUACUGUCUCUGUAGAGCUUGUGUGUCGCACUGGGAGGCCUGAACAUGACAGAACGGAUAUUGUCCUUGUGGAUGUGGAUCAGAGCGGCAGGGGGAGGUCGAAAGAGAGCUUCUCGUACUUGGUCCCAAAGCUUCUCAGUCUCCAGCCAAAUAGAGGCUCCCGUGCUGGAGGAACCAGAGUGGCCAUCUGGGGGGAACAUCUGGACAUUGGCUCUCAGGUUAAAGUCAAGGUCAACAACACGCUGGAAUGCAGAAUCACAGAGAAAACAGAUCAAACGAUUGAAUGCAUCAUGCCUCCAGUCAUGCAGGCAAACACAGAGUCAGUGACAGUUUGUGUGGAGUUUGAGGACCAUCCCUGUCAAGACACGGAGCUCAGCGACAUGUACACCUAUGAGAAGAACCCCACUAUCAGCUCCAUCCACCCGAAAAAGAGCUUUCUCAGUGGUGGCAGGACCAUCACUGUAACGGGCCAAGGGUUUGACCUGGUGCAGAGAGCCGUCAUGGACGUGGUGGCAGUGGAACGAACGAACUGUGCAGUGGUCUCUGCCUCCACAAUCAGCUGUCCAUCUCCAGCUUCCAGCCAGUCCCUGGAGUUCUCCGUGAAGUUCUUCCUGGAUGGAGUCCUCUACACAGGAGACAGCCCUGCCUUCUCUGAUUACACGCCGGAGGAAGACGACGGGGAACCUCAUAAAGGCCACUUCCUGUUGGAGUAUGUGGAGGACCCUCAGUUCUUCACGGCUAACAAAGAGAAGCUGAUCAAACACCAUUCAGGAGAGCCGCUGACGCUCAUCAUCAAUAAAGUGCCCAGCGACCUGGAGCUGUUGCCGGAGGAGUACUCUGUGAUGAUUGGCUCAUAUCCCUGUAACAUCAGCUUCCAUAAUGACCAGCUGUUUCACUGCACCAUCAACGGACUGCCGAGCACCGGUGAAAGGGAGCUGCCCGUCACCGUGCAAGUUGGGAACUUUCAUCACAUGAUAGCCAAAGUGCAGCUGGGCGGCAGCGAGCUGGCCAUCGUGGUAUCGAUUGUGGUGUGCUGUGUGCUGCUGCUGCUAUGCACCGUGGCUCUGGUGGUGUACUGCACAAAGAGCCGAAGGGCAGAACGGUACUGGCAGAAAACGCUUCUCCAAAUGGAGGAGAUGGAGUCCCAGAUCAGAGAGGAGAUCCGCAAAGGAUUUGCAGAACUGCAAACAGACAUGACAGAUCUGACCAAGGAGCUCAAUCGCAGCCAGGGCAUCCCCUUCUUGGAGUACAAACAGUUUGUCACGCGCACGUUCUUCCCCAAGAUGUGUUCGGAUUACGAGAAGAGUCUGGUCCAGCCCGCCUAUGUGAACGAUGGUUUGGGACCUCGAGCACUGCCGGAGACUCACCCACUGCUGCAGGACUGGACGGCCACCAACACAACGAGGCCUAACGUAGAGGAGGGCAUCACACUGUUCUCCACCCUGCUCAACAACAAGCACUUCCUUAUCACGUUUGUCCAUGCCUUGGAGCAGCAGAAAGACUUUGCUGUACGCGACAGAUGCAGCCUGGCAUCCUUGCUCACCAUCGCCCUCCAUGGUAAACUCGAGUACUACACCAGCAUCAUGAAAGACCUGCUGGUUGAUCUCAUUGAUGCUUCAGCUUCCAAAAAUCCCAAACUGAUGCUCCGCCGCACCGAGUCUGUUGUGGAGAAAAUGCUCACCAACUGGAUGUCCAUCUGCAUGUACAGCUACCUCAAGGAAACAGUGGGUGAGCCAUUCUUCCUGCUGCUUUGUGCCAUCAAGCAGCAGAUCAACAAGGGCUCCAUAGAUGCCAUCACAGGAAAGGCCCGCUACACCCUCAAUGAGGAGUGGCUGCUCCGUGAGAACAUCGAGGCAAAGCCACAGAACAUCAACGUAUCAUUCCAGGGCUGUGGCAUAGACUCAUUGUCCGUCAGGGUCAUGAAUACUGACACAAUCUGCCAAGUUAAAGAAAAAAUCAUAGAAGCCUUUUAUAAAAACCUGCCUUUCUCUCAGUGGCCGCGAGCAGAGGAUGUGGACCUGGAGUGGUUUGACUCUGGCAGCAACAGUAAGCUUCUGCAGGACCUGGACAACACCUCGAAGAUGGAGGACGGCAGAAAGAAACUCAACACGGUCGUCCACUACCAGAUCCCAGAGGGAGCAUCGCUGGCCAUGAGCAUGAAAGACAGCAAAGAGAACACCCUGGGGAGAGUCAAAGAUCUGGAUACAGAGAAGUAUGUGCACUUGGUCCUACCACAUGAUGAGUUAAUAGAGACCAAGAAGUCGCACAGGCACAGUCAUCGUAAGAAGGUCCUGCCUGAAAUCUACCUGACACGCCUGCUGUCAACAAAGGGAACUCUUCAGAAGUUCUUGGAUGACCUCUUUCAGGCCAUCCUCAGCAUCCCUGCGGACCACCCGCCGCUGGCUGUCAAAUACUUCUUUGACUUCCUGGAGGAGCAGGCUGACAAACGGGGCAUCACAGACCCUGACACGCUGCACAUCUGGAAAACCAAUAGUUUACCACUGCGUUUCUGGGUGAACAUCCUGAAGAACCCUCAGUUUGUGUUUGACAUCGAUAAGACGGACCACAUGGACGCCUGCCUGUCUGUUAUCGCCCAGGCCUUCAUCGAUGCCUGCUCCAUCUCCGACCUGCAGCUAGGGAAGGACUCUCCUACCAACAAACUGCUGUAUGCCAAGGAGAUCCCCGAGUAUAAGAAGAGAGUCCAGUGCUACUACCAGCAGAUACAGGACAUGCCGCCGCUCAGCGAGCAGGAGAUGAACGCUCACCUGGCCGAGGAGUCAAGAAAGUACAGAAAUGAGUUCAACACCAACCUGGCCUUGACAGAAAUCUACAAAUACGCCAAAAGAUACAGAAACCAGGUGGUGAAUGCUCUGGAGGCGAACCCCACUGCACGUCGCACUCAGCUGCACCACAAGUUCGAGCAGGUCAUUGCUCUUGUGGAGGACAACAUCUACGAGUGCUGCAGCGAAGCUUGAACCUGCCAGUCUCUUCCGCUCACCGUCUCUUUUUCUGCUGCCAGCUGCCUUCCUCCCGCCUCCACGGUUGCUUGGGAUUGCCACUGAGGAGUUAUUGUUCAUGAGUGUCAUUCCCACAGACUGUUAGUAGGAUGUAGAGCAGCAGUAAAGGGUUUAAACCCGCCUCCUGAGCGCCGUACACUUUCCCCAACGACACAGACAGGAUUCAAGCCUGGCUCAACAACACUCCAGAGGGAACGUGUAGGAGCGCAGACCUUUUUUCCUGGACGUCUUCACAGUUAACGGGACCUGCAGUAAGCCCUGGUGGCGAGCUUAACGCACUGAGCCCUUUUCUGAAGGGAACGAGCCAAUGAUGCACUGUACUGUAAAAUAAUGUCAAUAGCAAUAUUUAUAGAUGUGUUAUAAUGCUGUUGAAGUGGCUUGUUCAUCAGGAUUAGUAGAAACAUGACAGACUCCUCUCAUCUCAUACAGCCUGCGAUGUUCUCAGGUGCGACUGAACAUAGGCGACUGACUCCCGUCGCUUCUUCGAACAAUAUGUCCCAAUGUGCUUUGCGGGUUGAUGAAGGGUUGAGGAGGAGUGAAGAGAAGAAUAUAAGAGACUGAUAAUUAUGGAAAUCAAAUGUUUUAAUGUAGUUCACUGGGAAGAGCUGCAUCAGUAUAAAAGUGUUAAUCAGUGUGCUUGUGAAAUGUUGGAUUCUGAUCAAUUUUAAGAGGGAAAUUUACAUUAAAGGAAAACGUUAGCUCAAUAUAAACUGAAGAAAGACUGUAAUUGUGAUGCCAAAUGAUUUGUUUGUGAAAUAAAUGACAGUAUUUAGGA